AAGUUAUUAAAUUCUGAUAAGAAUUUGUUGGGUCAGGAUGCUGCGAUGGGACUGGUACUGAGUGCUGCGGUGGGUAGAGGAUGGACCACUGGUUCAGGGAUGGAAGGUCCCUCUGUUCCUGCAGUUGGUAGGGGUAAUGAAUCGGGGAACAUCUCCACUUUCCCAUGGUCUCUCUUCACCAAAUCCCCUAGGAGAAGGAUGCUGGUGGCUUUUACUUGUACCAUCUGUGGCCAGCGAACUACACGAGCCAUUAAUCCCCAUGCUUACACUGAUGGCACUGUCUUUGUGCAGUGCUGUGGAUGCAAUGCGUAUCAUAAGCUGGUGGAUCACUUGAACUUGUUUCAGGAGACAAAUUGCUAUUUGAAUUCAAGUUUUAAGUUUAAAGGAGAAGGAUGGGAUGAUCUUAAGUUUAGGUAUAUGGAUGAUAACGAUGACGACAAUGACAUAUUUCCCAUUUCAUAAGUGAAUUGUCAUAUGGAUCAUAUACCUUCUGCCUGAUUGUAUCGAAGUUCAGUUUAGAUGUCUUGUAUAUUCUCUAGGUUUUCAUGCUUUAUAGUAAAAUUUGUACGGGACUCGUACAGUAACAUGUUUAUAUAUAGCUUUGAACUCAUUUGUAUGAUUAUCAAUUUGAAAAUGUACAAGACAUUAAAUAAAUUUUUCCUUUGAUUUCUGCCA